GCGAGUGGGGCGGUCCUCCCCUGCUGGCGUCCGGAGUGGGCCGGAGGACAGAUCCCUCGUAAGCGGCGCCGAGGCCAGAACGGCUGCGGGUCUCUGGCCUGGGUCAGUGACGAGCCCUGGGACCCGGCUGGGCCCGGCCUGGUGCUCCCGUCGGCAUCCAACGUGCGCCUCUCGGGGAACGACACCCGACUAGGUCCCUGCCCCUGGUUUCGGGAUGUACCCGGCAGGUGUGCGGGAGAGCGAGGCCUGGGCUUGGCGUGUGUGACCCACAGACUCGCGGAGGGGAAGGUUUUCUAUCAGAUGAUCCAUCGUAAUAAUGCUGGAGUUAAGAAGUCUCCAUUCCUUUGCUUGGAACCAGAAGACUUUUUCCCCUGCAUAUAGAGUAGGAGUAAUGUUGGUUAGAAACUGGCUGGUGUUUAAAACUGAAGAUUGUCAUGACUGUUUAACCUAAGCUCCAUGCUGAAGUAAGAUUAAUUGUCUUGGAAAUACUAAAUUGGGGUAACCCAAAUCUGUUUCUGGAACCAUGAAAAUUUUGUUGGUUUUUGACUUUGACAAUACAAUCAUAGAUGAUAAUAGUGACACCUGGAUUGUACAAUGUGCUCCAGAGAAAAAGCUUUCUAUUGAACUACAAGAUUCUUAUGAAAAAGGAUUUUGGACAGAAUUUAUGGGCAGAGUCUUUAAGUAUUUGGGAGAUAAAGGUGUAAGAGAAGAUGAAAUGAAAAGAGCAAUGAUAUCAAUGCCUGUCACUCCAGGGAUGGUGGAACUUUUAAACUUUAUAAGAAAGAACAAGGCUAAAUUUGACUGCAUCAUUAUUUCAGAUUCAAAUUCAGUCUUCAUAGAUUGGGUUUUAGAAGCUACCAAUUUUCAUGACGUGUUUGAUAAAGUCUUUACAAAUCCAGCAGCUUUUGAUAGCGAUGGUCAUCUCACUGUGGAAAAUUAUCAUGCUCAUUCUUGCACUAGGUGCCCCCCAAAUCUUUGCAAAAAUGUAGUUUUGGUAGAAUUUAUAGGUAAACAGUUACAACGAGGAGUGAAUUAUACACGAAUUGUUUAUAUAGGUGAUGGUGGAAACGAUGUUUGUCCAGUAACCUUUUUAAAGAAGAAUGAUGUUGCCAUGCCACGGAAAGGAUAUACUUUACAGAAAACUCUUUCUAGGAUGUCUCAAAAUCUUGAGCCUAUGGAGUCUUCUGUUGUAUCUUGGUCUUCAGGUGUUGAAAUAAUUUCUCAUUUACAAUUUCUAAUAAAGGAGUAAUAUGCCAA